AGGCCCAUCCAACCAUCAAAAUUGACCGCCACGUGGGUAAAAUUUACCAUUACGCACACCAACCGCCGUCAAAAGAGAAAUCGUCAUAUUCACCAUUUCCCGGGAUCUCCACCGGGAUAUUACUCCACUCUUUUCUCCGGCCGCCGCGGCCUUUUUCCCCCUUUCAAUCCGAAUCUCUGAUUCCUCAACCUUUUCCACUUCUCUGUUCUCCCUCCGUCUAUUCCUCUAAUUUCCCCCCUUUCUCGGCCAAUCAAUUAGGGUUAGGAUUUCUUUCCAACAUGGCAGAUUGGGAGCCAUUACUGCAAUCCAUCAUCCUCGCCCUCAUCUUCUCCUACCUCGUCGCGAAGCUCAUCUCCAUCGUCGUCUCCUUCAGAGACGACAACCUCACGAUUACGCGCAACCCCGCUCCGGCUUCAUCCAGCCGGCCCUACCAGCAGCUGAAAUCACGCGAUGGAGCUCAUGGCUCUGGGGAUUUCCCCGGCGGUGGUUUUAACGAGACCGAUUCGAUCGCUGCCGAGCUUGGCAGCGUCAGGAACGAGAGCGUGGCGGGAAUCGGUGACGACUACGACGGCGUGGAUACCGAUGACGACGACGACGACGAAGACUGGGAAGGCGUGGAGAGCACCGAGUUGGACGAGACGUUCAGCGCGGCGACGGCGUUCGUUGCGGCGGCGGCCUCGGACCGGCUGUCGCAGAGGGUGUCGACGGAUGUGCAGUUGCAGCUUUAUGGGCUGUAUAAGAUCGCCACUGAAGGGCCUUGCACUGUGCCGCCCCCUUCUGCUCUCAAGAUGACUGCUCGCGCCAAGUGGGGAGCAUGGCAGAAAUUGGGUUCUAUGCCGACAGAAGAGGCUAUGGAAAAAUACAUUGACAUUGUUUCACAGCUUUAUCCUACUUGGUGUUCUGGUUCAUCUGGGAAAACUAGGGUUGGAGAUCGAGAUGGACAUAGUUCUGAUUCCAGAGGACCCAUGGGACCAGUUUUCAGUACCUUCGUUUAUGAGGAGGAAUCUGGGAAUGAGCUAAAAAUGGAUGCUGUCCAUGCAUAUGCCAGAGAAGGAGAUGCAGAUAACUUGUUGAAAUCUAUUAACGAUGACGUUUCUGUCAACUCGAAAGGUUCACUUCUGUCUGUGUUUUCUACUUCAUCUUUCGUACAAUCAGAUGACACCUAGUGUUGUCUAUUAUGUAAACAUGGACAUCAAAGUUACAUCUAUAUUGCUGAGAAUCUUUAGUCAACUACUAAAUGACCAUUGAAUGAGUUGACAGUAUUUCCCACAAUGUUGUUGGAGAAUCUUACGUUAACUGUGCAUGGUGAUCGAUUCAGAUAGCGAGGGGCGGACUCCUUUGCACUGGGCUGUGGAUCGCGGUCACCUCAAUAUUGUGGAACUCCUUGCUGGACGAAAUGCUGAUAUAAAUGCAAAGGACAACGAAGGGCAAACUGCACUGCAUUACGCUGCUGUCUGCGAGAGGGAAGGUAUCGCUGAAUUUCUAGUGAAGCAAAAUGCCAAUAUCAAUGUGAAGGAUAACGACGGCAAGUCUGCUAGGGAUUUGUGUGAGUCGAACUGGUCUUGUCUCCAGACAGCCGGAGCACAACAGAACGACUAACUAAUGGUAGUUUCAUUCUAGCCAAUCUUCCGUUAUGCAUAUAGACAGCCUUUGAAACUUUAGCCAUGUUGGGGCAUCGUUGUGUCCUGGAAAACAGAAUGACAGAAAUGUUUGUAAGAAAACAAGAUCAAGACUGGGGUGGUGGUCUGGUGGAGUGAACCGUUCCAUCUUCCUUUCGAUUUUGGUUGUGAACUUUUGACUUGUUGAUAUGAAACGAUUUUGUCAUUUGGCACGUUCAGCAGCCAAAUAUAGAAGCGCAAGUUGGGUUGCGACAAUGGAGUUGAUCGUUUCAUUCCGUUUCAUGCUUAUAGAUAGUUGCAUUGCAGGUUCUGUUCAUGUGCCCUGCUCCAGUGUGUUUGUUGGUUGUACAUCUUUGUGGCAUUAGUUUGAAUCGAAACCCAAUAUCGCACCGAACC